UUCCCUUUUCCUUUCUCUCUCUUCUUCACAGCACGACACAACCUAAGCCUCGGUAGAGAGAGAAAGAGAGAGACAACGAAGAAAAGAACCUGUUCUUCACCAGAACGGUGUUUGGUUUUAUAGGAUUCCUCCCAUUCAUCCAUUUACCGAUCCACGUCCAUCUCCAUCUUCUUUCUCUUGUUCUUUUUCCGAAGAACACAGGGAAUUGAAGAGAGAAGAGGAUUGAGAAAGGGGAAUACCCAGGUGAUUAAUUCGGUGAAAUUUCGGAUUUUGAUUACUGGGUGUUUCUGCUUUCUUCAUUUUACCUUCACUGGUGGGAAGGGUUUUUGGUGAGUAGAUGGACUUGGACAGCGUUGAGUGUGUGUCAUCCUCUGAUGGCAUGGAUGAGGAUGAGAUCCACCCCAAUCUUCACCAUUCUGAGUUUUCUUCCACCAAGCCUCGCAAUGGAGGCACUAAUAACAACAAUUCUGUGGGCCCCAAUGCCAUGGCUCCGGCAACCAGCGUCCAUGAGUUGCUGGAAUGUCCUGUGUGUACUAAUUCAAUGUACCCUCCAAUUCAUCAGUGUCACAACGGCCAUACACUUUGUUCCACGUGUAAAACAAGGGUGCACAACCGAUGUCCCACUUGUAGACAAGAGCUUGGAGAUAUCAGGUGUCUGGCACUGGAGAAGGUGGCUGAAUCACUUGAGUUGCCUUGCAAGUACUACUCUCUUGGAUGUCCAGAAAUCUUCCCAUACUACAGCAAGCUUAAGCAUGAGACAGUUUGUAAUUUUAGACCAUAUAGUUGUCCUUAUGCUGGAUCGGACUGUUCUGUUGUUGGGGAUAUUCCUUACCUUGUUGCUCAUUUGAGGGACGAUCAUAAAGUAGACAUGCACACAGGAUGCACAUUCAACCACCGUUAUGUGAAAUCAAAUCCGCGUGAAGUGGAGAAUGCAACCUGGAUGCUCACAGUGUUUCAUUGUUUUGGCCAAUAUUUCUGCCUUCAUUUUGAAGCUUUCCAGCUUGGCAUGGCACCUGUAUACAUGGCAUUUCUUCGUUUUAUGGGUGAUGAGAAUGAGGCUCGGAAUUAUAGCUAUAGUCUAGAGGUUGGAGCCAAUGGCAGGAAACUCAUUUGGGAGGGUACACCGCGAAGUGUUCGGGAUAGCCACCGUAAGGUUAGGGAUAGCCAUGAUGGGCUCAUUAUUCAAAGAAAUAUGGCCCUAUUUUUCUCUGGUGGGGAUAAAAAGGAGCUUAAACUCAGAGUUACAGGAAGAAUAUGGAAGGAACAACAGAAUCCGGAUGCUGGAGUGUGCAUGCCAAAUCUCUGUAGUUAACAUGUUAUUUGAAGGGCAUUUUUAUCAUUUUGUGUGUUUGAGACACUCUUUUGGGCUGUAUUUAUACCAACUUUGUGCUUGUUGUAAUAGAUUAAGGCACUAAGGUGGCUCUUAAAUUUUCAGAUUCAUAAGCUGUGUAAUAAACAAGAUUUUUUUUUUCUUUCAAAUUUGCUUGAUUGUAAUUCGAUAGUGGAAAUUGGAAUUCGUGUUUCUUGCUCUAAA